AUGUCUCAAGAAACAGUCAGACCGGCUUUUGAAGGCCGCGAUCGUCCUCUCAUAGCUCAUGGCGUCUCCUUCCCUACAGCUGUAGCUCGCCACCUUGAAGACAUUUUCAACGCUUCGCGCGUAUAUGUGAUCUGCUCUGGAACCUUGGCACGUACCACCGACACAUUGGGACGACUCACUGCUACUAUUGGCCCUGAAAAGAUAGUUGGUCGUCGAAUUGGCAUGAAAAGCCAUACACUAUGGUCCGAGGUUUUGGAGAUUACUGCGGAAGCUAGAGCCGCCCAGGCAGAUCUGAUAUUGACAAUUGGAGCGGGCAGUCUGACCGAUGGCGCGAAGAUCAUUGCAUUGGCUCUCGCAAAUGAUAUCCGCACUCCAGAAGAGCUGGAAACUCUUGCCCAAGGUCCAAAUAAGCGAGAGAAUAUCCAAAAUCCAACCGUGCCCAUUAUAUCAGUGCCAACCUCCCUUUCUGCUGGCGAGUACUCCAACUUCGCGGGUGGCACGGAGGACCACUCAAAGCGUAAAUACAGCUUCCAGUCGCCAACCCGUGGCCCCGAGCUGGUAAUCCUGGACCCAGAACUGGCUCAAAGCACUCCGGACUCCAUUUGGCUCAGUACAGGCGUGCGGGCUGUUGACCACUGCAUAGAAACGCUGUGCGCUGUGGUGGGCACAACGAACUCAUCGGACGAGCUAGCGCAGCGGGCAUUGAGCUUGUUAGUUCCCGGCCUGCUGCGUUGCAAAAAGGACCAUGCAGACCGUGAGGCAUACCUGCAAUGUCAACUUGGAUCCGUCGAAGCCAUGGCGGCUUGCACGAGCGGGUCAAUUGAGCUGGGUGCUAGUCAUGGAAUUGGCCAUCAGCUUGGCCCCCUUGGGGUUGGUCAUGGCGAGACUAGUUGUAUUCUUCUACCAGCCGUGUGCAAAUACAACGCCAAGUACAAUGCAAACCGAAAUCAGCAGAACAAAAUCCGCCAAUUUUUGAUCAAAGAUCCUGUUGUGUCGGAACUGCUACGAGCACGGUCAAUUAACGUGGAUGCAUCCGACCUAGGUGAUAUUUUGGAUGCUAUCAUUCGCGAACUUGGAAUGCCUCGGACCCUAAGUGAUGUCCGAGUUGGUCGCGACCAACUAGAUGGAUUGGCGGCAAACAGUCUGCACGACCGGUGGUGCAAGUCAAACCCAGUUCCCCUGAAGGAAAAGUCUCAGGUACUGGAGAUUUUAGAAAUGGUUGUCUGA